UCCUGGGUUGUAUUACUGAUUUUAAACCACGCAGAUAUUUCAAUGAUCAUAACACGGGCAUAUGGUGCAAUGAUAGUAGUGAAUGACAAUAAUGCCGGUAACAAUACAUCUUUGUGCAUAUUCAGCUCGAAUGUUUGGAGUGGCUCACGUCGCAUAUCUGGUUCUGUUAUAAUAACUAUUGCAUUAAUGUUGGCCCUCAUCAUAAUACUUAUCAAAAAGUUACACUUUCCGUCAACAUGGAAUACCGUUUUUAUGGUGAUAACCUGGAUUAUUAUGUAUAUCGUUCAUACUCAUUUAAAAUUGCAUUCUCAGUUUUGUCGUUCGUUUGUUGGUGUAGUUCUAUGUCUAUUGUGA